AUGUCAACCACCGUACCGAACAGAUCUCCGCCAAGAGGAGGCGAGGGUAUAUCCAAGCGAAAACCAGGCUCUGCGGCAUGUAUCCAUUGUCAUCGCCGAAAAGUACGGUGUGAUGCCCGGGUUGUUGGCCUGCCGUGCUCCAACUGUCGCUCCUCGGGGAAGACCGACUGCCGGAUUCAUGAGAAAAAGAAACGGCUGGCGGCACGCUCGAUUCUCGAUCCGGUCCCGAUCCGCUGUCGGCCGCCGUCGUUUUCGCCGACCACGGACCGCCGGACACUCCCCGCCCCGUUGUUGGUAACCCCGGUCUAUGAUGGCACGAGUGCGCAGCAAGGGGCUACAGGUGUCACGGGUGUCACGUCUCCCUUGCAGCGUCGGGGAUCUGAUUUGAACCAAGACGGUGUUCGGCGGGAUAGCGAUGGGGCAGCGUAUAGCAUUACCAGCACCACCAGCAACAGCAAUAACACUCAUAUCAACAUCAAGGAGGGGGACUCCUCGGGCGAAAACGAUGGGUCACCGGGUCUGGAGAACCGUCUGGCGAGGCUGAUCGACGAGGAGGAGUCGGGGAGGCGGGAGAUCCAGCGCGGGGUGCGCGCAAUAUAUGUCGGUCACGAUGUGUCCAACAUGUCCUUUCUUAUCCGUCAGCAGCGGGACAACGACGACGAGGUGUAUCAUUUUGCGGGCAAUGAGAUCCCCCGGCGGCAGCUGAGGACGGGCCACGAUCAGCUCCUGAUGGACGCGCUCACGCUGCCUGAACAGGCGCUGGCGGAUGAGCUGGUCGAGGCUUACUUCACUCACGUGAACCCAGGAUACCCCAUCGUUGACGAGGACCUGUUCAUGACGCAGUAUCGCAACCGGGACCCUACGGAUGCCCCGCCUGUCUUGCUGUUGCAGGCCAUCCUGUUGGUUGGAUCGCAUGUGGCUCGUCCCAAGGCGGAGCGAGACGCCCUCAAGGAUAUCUUCUUUCGCCGCACGAAAUGGCUGUUUGAUAACCGGAUCGAGCGCAACCGCGACAUCCUCGUUCAGGUCGCGCUGCUGCUCACCUGGCAUUCGGACGUGGCGGAUGAUGACGUCGCCGCCAAUGCCCACUACUGGGUCGGCGUCGCGGCGCGCAUCGCCACGGGGCUGGGGAUGCAUCGCAAUCCGGUCUCAAGCAGGUUCGUCUCGCGCGACCGGCGCAUGUGGAAGAGACUUUGGUAUAUACUGCUUCAGUUCGAUGUAAUGGUCUCACUGUCGUACGGCAGACCCCAAGCCAUAAACCUGGAAGAUUCGGACGUGGCCCCCCUGACCCCUUCCGACUUUCAAGGCUGCGGCCCGCACGUGCAAAUCGACUUUGUCAUCCAAUUCACCGAGCUGUGCACCAUGAUCUCGUACAUUGUUCGCGAACGGUUUGGGUUGCGCGUCAGCGCCGAACGGCGCAAGGCUAUCCUCAUGGAGGCCGACGAGGCCCUGGCGAACUGGUCUCUCAAGCUGCCUGACACGGUGCGGUUGCGCGCGUCGGACAUGGACCCAUGGUCUGCGAUGCUGCAUCUCACCUACAACAACUUUUUGAUUCUCCUCCACCGACCGCACCCGCGAGCAUCGGCCUAUUCGGAUGACUAUGGUCCACACGACGCAGAAAUCUGUAGCGCGGCCGCCGGGGUGAUUGCCUCCAUCUUCGAGGAGUUGCGGCUGAACAACCGCCUCAAGUUCCUGUGGUACUCGGGCGUGCACACGCUCUUCACCGCGAUGAUCCAGGUGCGUGUCGAGCUCCGGUUCUCGAACCCCGUGCUGGCGAUCAACGCCCUCCGGCGCUUCGACUCGGCCUCGUAUUCUCUGCGCGUACUGGCCGAGUAUUGGACCCAUGCGGGUACUAUCCUGGGUCUCUUUGAAGACUCGAAACGUCUGCAAGAAGACCUGCGCAUGGCGACGAGUGAACGGCCAAAGCAGUUCAACAGCAACGGCAGCAAAAACCCCACAAACGACGGCAAGACGAACCAAAAAUCCGGCGACAACAAAAACCUCGAGUUUGGCGGAUCUUCCUCUGCUUCUGCUUCUGAAACCGAGGGAGUCGCCCCCGUCAAACCACACCACCCGGCUCCGUCGUCAUAUGAUGUCCGCGGCUCGGAUUCCCCUCCGCUACACGCUCCGCCGCAUUCGGAAUUCGCCUGGCCCUCGGCUGCGAGCGAGAAUCAGGAGCGGGGCGGAGUGUUCCUCGGGCUGUCUGCCGUAGAAUCGAUCGACCAGCCGCGCGAACAACUCGACUGGCGCCAGUUAUUCUCCUUCACUGAUUUGGACCAGCCCGUCCCAAUGGCCGUCGAGGGCCUGCCAGAGCUGGAAGACGAAUGGCGGCAGAUCUACUGGCAGGAGAAUAGCAUGUCGGACCUCUUCCAGGAUGGGGGGUGGAUGCACGGAUGA